AUGGCUAAAGAACUUAUUUUUUUUUGGUUUUUGUUGUUAUUUAUCUUUAGAUUACAAGCCAAGGAAAUGUUUUUACACGGGUAUCGUGCUUAUAUGAAAUAUGCAUAUCCUCACGAUGAGCUUAUGCCAUUGUCUUGCAAGGGCCGCCAACGAGGUGUUACUCCUACUAGAGGCGAUGUCGAUGAUUCCUUGGGAAACUUUUCUUUAACAUUGGUGGACUCUCUGGAUACGUUGGUAGUAGUCGGAGAACUAGAGGAAUUUGAAAAAGCUGUGAAAUUGGUUGUGUCGAAUAUUAGGUUUGAUGCAGAUCUCGUUGUAUCUGUUUUUGAAACCAAUAUCAGGAUGGUUGGCGGCUUAUUGUCUGGGCAUAUUUUGGCUAAGUUGAUCCAGUCACAUGAAAAGAACCUUCUUUCGUGGUACAACGACCAGCUUUUACAAAUGGCUCGAGAACUUGCCGAUAGACUUUUGCCUGCUUUCAACACAACAAGCGGUGUUCCAUAUUCCAGAAUAAACUUGCGUUAUGGGAUGCAAGGUUAUUUGCGCGAGCAGAGGGACACUUGCACUGCAUGCGGGGGAACAAUGCUCCUCGAAUUUGCCACGCUGAGUCGUUUGACAGGGCUUUCUGUUUAUGAAGAAAAGGCCAAAAAGGCAAUGGAUUUUCUGUGGUCGCAAAGGCAUCGUAGUUCAAAUCUAAUGGGGACUGUAUUGAAUGUUCACUCCGGGGACUGGGUUCUUCGAGAUGCAGGGAUUGGUGCAGGCAUCGAUUCAUAUUAUGAAUAUUGUCUCAAAGCUUAUAUUUUACUUGGUGAAGACGAUUAUCUGUAUCGGUUCAAUAAGCAUUAUGAGGCAAUCAUGAGGUAUGUCAAUAAAGGACCACUAUUUGUUGAUGUUCAUAUGCAUAAACCUACUGUUGCUUCACGUUCCUUCAUGGAUGCACUACUUGCGUUCUGGCCAGGUUUACAAGUGUUGAAGGGGGACAUAAAAUCUGCUAUAGAAUUCCACGAAACCUUAAAUUUGGUAAUACAGAAACAUAGAUUUUUGCCUGAAGCAUUUACACAUGAUUUGCAAGUUCACUGGGGGCAGCAUCCAUUGCGACCAGAGUUUAUUGAAAGCACUUAUCUUCUCUAUCGUGCGACAAAAGACCCAUAUUAUCUUCGCGUUGCUAGAAAUGUAAUAAUUUAUUCCUUGAACAAAUAUUGUCGUGUAAAAUGUGGUUUUGCAGGCGUUAAAGACUUAAGAACUAUGAGUCAAGAAGACAGGAUGGAUUCUUUUGUUUUGUCAGAAACUUUGAAAUAUUUGUAUAUGAUAUUUGCCGAGCCUUCGGAUAUGCUUUUCGAUCCUGAUAAUUAUGUACUGACAACAGAGGCUCAUUUUCUACCUCUAAAUAUAGCUGAUGUCGGAGUUAAUGAGAAUAAGGUGUUGCCACGGCGAAUGUUGAUUGAUCCAACGAACGGCCAAAAGUAUAGAGCAGCUUGCCCGAUAGAACCGUUGUCGCGCUCUUUAGAUCAUUUUAUUGGUUACGCUCACUUUCUUCGUUUAAAAGUUAGAAGCAUAAUAGGAGAAUUAACGAGGCAUUCUUCUGAUUCCCAAGCAACGUCUGUUUGCCCUCACCCGGCUGAAAGACUUAGAGCUUCGGCAUUUAGCUCUUCUAAUAGUGAACACGUGCGGCAGUUACAGCAAAUGGGUAUUGAAAUUAGUGUUCAGUCUGAUGGGCGUCUGCAGCUUACUCAUAUUCCCACAAUGGUAUUUUUUAAAAUUUUUAAAAGCAGAGUUUUAGAUCCGGGAAGGACUUAUGGAACGGUAGAGGUUCUUUCCCAGCCUCACUUCGGAUCCACAAACUAUAAAGGGUCACCCGCACAGUUUGGUCCGGAUUUAUCGGCGGAAGCUAAGGGCAGAUUGGCAGUCCCAUUUAGAGGUUGCAGACCUUUAAUCAAUGAAAGGGAAAUUUAUGGUCAUAUUGCAAUAAUACAACGACAGGAUUGCUUGUUCCAAGAGAAAGCUAGGUUUGCACAGAAAGCCGGUGCUGUCGGGGUGAUUAUAGUCGUGGGAACAAGCGUUGAAAGUUCACUUCCUUUCGCAAUGUCUGGGGACACCAACGUAGAAGACGACAUUAAGAUUCCAGUUGUAUUUCUGUUCCACAGAGAAGGCCGGAAAUUGAUUCAGGAAGUGGAGAAUGACCCUAACAUCAUAAUUCGUAUAUCAGGUCGUUGCGCAAGGCCCCAAUUUAUUUUUGAAAAAUUCCUCGUGUAUGGUGACUAUGCUUGCGAAAGCCCUGCUCCUUUUCCACAAUUAUUUGAUUCAUCAGUUCCCUUCGUUCUUUUCAAUUUCCGCUUUAGUGGUGUCAACGACCAGAGUGAUUUGGCUUUAAAACAAAAGGCUUACUCAAUAUUAUUUAAAUUUCCUGUGGAAGAAGAAUUUUAUAAUUUAAUAGUACUGGUCAGCAGUCUGAAAUUCUUCGUCGGUUUAUAUGUCCACUUGUUUUUAGGCUGUUGA